UACAAAUGUCGUUGCAAGACCACUCCUAAAACGCAGCUAAACGGAAUUAAACUGCACAAACAGAGUGUUAUUAUGUUUCAUGCCGUCUCUGGAAGCAGCCAUCUUUUCGACGAUCGGCCUAGCUCUACAGCUCCCACAAGAAAAAUGGCCGGACGAGUUAACUUUGUGAGAGCAGAAGACUUCUCUGCACCUUCCACGCUCAACACAGGGUAAUCCUUCCUUGAUCCUGAUACGAUAACGAAGGCAGAGAUCAUCCAUCCUAAUACUAUCAGCAAGGCAAAAUUAACAAAAUGAAACACGGCCGUGUCACAGAGCUUCCGGAGGAUUUCUACAUCCCCAUUCCUCUGGAUACGAACAACAUCACGUCUCUCAGUCCCUUCCUGGUCCCUCAGGACCACCUAGCAAACUCAGGCACUUUUUAUGCAAUGGCCGUAUAUAUGUUUUUCAUAUUUACUGUGGGCACUAGCAUCAAUGUGCUUACAAUUGCAUGCACCAUCCAGUACAAGAAGCUCCGGUCCCACCUCAACUUCAUCCUGGUGAACUUGGCCGUGGCAAACCUUCUUGUGUCCUGUGUGGGCUCCUUCACUGGCUUCUCUGCCUUUGCAUCCAGAUAUUUCAUCUUUGGACCGCUAGCAUGCAAGAUUGAAGGCUUCAUGGUUACACUUGGUGGUAUGGUAAGCCUGUGGUCUUUAGCGGUCAUAGCUUUUGAAAGAUGGCUAGUCAUCUGCAAACCACUUGGUAACUUUAUUUUCAAGCCUGACCAUGCUUUAGCUUGUUGUGUCUUCACCUGGGUGUUUGCACUGAUUGCCUCAGUUCCUCCACUGUUCGGAUGGAGCAGGUAUAUCCCAGAAGGCAUGCAGUGCUCCUGUGGUCCAGACUGGUACACCACAAACAACAAAUAUAACAACGAAUCCUAUGUGAUGUUCCUGUUCUGUUUCUGCUUUGCUGUUCCCCUUGGGACCAUUGUCUUCUGUUACUCCCAGCUACUCAUUACACUGAAAAUGGCAGCAAAGGCCCAAGCUGAAUCUGCUUCCACUCAGAAAGCAGAGAGGGAGGUGACCAGGAUGGUGGUCAUCAUGGUGCUGGGCUUCCUGGUGUGCUGGUUGCCUUACGCCUCUUUUUCUCUUUGGAUUGUCAACCAUCGUGGGCAGCCCUUUGACCUGAGAUUUGCUACUGUACCUUCAGUCUUUUCUAAGUCUUCUGCAGUUUACAACCCAGUCAUCUAUGUUCUCCUCAAUAAACAGUUUCGUUUGUGCAUGAUGAAGAUGCUGGGGAUGGGUGGAGGUGAGGAUGACGAAUCGUCGACUCAGACGUCAGUGACUGAAGUCUCCAAAGUUGGGCCUGCAUAGACUGCGCAUCAGGACUGUUAACUUCUCUGCCACUAAUGAUCUGUGAACUGUAAAUUACAAUAAAAGUAUGUGUGUUUUGUCAUUGGAAACAACUAUAUAUAUACAGAAUGUAACAACUCAAAUAAUUAAGAAAAGAUAAAUAACCUGCAAAGCAAAAAAUAAAAAAAAUAGA